AUGGCGUCUUCCGUUUCGCUAGCUGCUGCUAAAGCGUACGCAUCCGUGGCGGCGGUAUUUUCGAGGUACACAGAGCACCUAAGCUCGCUGGGCAGCAACCCUACACUAACCGCUAUUAUUGCCACCAUCGCGAACUCGACCACGAUCUGCGUCGGGCUCUGGCUGUGGUUUAAAUACUACCGGCCCCGGGCGGGCACCACCGACCGCGCCGGCGGCUCUCCCACCACCGCCAGCACCGCAACGGACGUAGUCUCGGUGACCUCGCGGACAACCUUCGGCAGCGAAGGGGUGACGACGACGACGACGACGUCGCUGACGUGCGGCGACGACACGAGCGAGUCGUCGACCACGACGUGGACGCAGCCGGGGGGGCUCCUCGCGAACGACAGCGCCUGCCUGGGCUUGCUGCAGGCCGUCCAGGGCCGGGUCGGCGACUUCUCGCGUGCCAUGAUGUUCACCGACAUGAUCCUCAGGUCCUGCACCGACCUGCAGAUCGCCGCGCUCAUGACCGACCCCGAGGCGCUGGCCCGCGCGCUCUACUACGCCGAGAGGCACGUCGAGAGGCAGCAACGAUCUCAGUGA